CGUCGGGGGUUGCUGGGGCGGCCCAAGAUGGCGGCGCGCUGGAGCAGCGAGAAUGUGGUGGUGGAGUUCCGCGACGCCCAGGCGACGGCGAUGUCGGUGGAUUGCCUGGGACAGCACGCGGUACUCUCCGGCCGCCGUUUCCUCUACAUAGUCAACCUGGAUGCCCCAAACGAGGGCCAUCGGAAGAUCUCCCGGCAGAGCAAGUGGGACAUCGGGGCGGUGCAGUGGAACCCGCACGACAGCUACGCGUACUACUUUGCCGCUUCCAGCAAUCAGCGAGUUGACCUGUAUAAGUGGAAGGAAGGUAAUGGUGAAGUUUGCACGUCGCUGCAAGGACACACGCGUGUGAUCAGUGACCUGGACUGGGCAGUGUUUGAGCCAGACCUGUUGGUCACCAGUUCUGUUGACACGUACAUCUACAUCUGGGACAUCAAAGACACCAGGAAGCCUACAGUGUCCCUCUCUGCAGUGGCUGGAGCUUCCCAGGUGAAAUGGAACAAGAAAAACGCCAACUGCUUAGCGACAAGCCACGACGGGGAUGUCCGAAUAUGGGACAAAAGGAAACCCAGCACUGCAGUGGAGUACUUGGCAGCUCACCUUUCUAAAAUCCACGGGCUGGACUGGCAUCCCGACAACGAGUAUACGCUGGCCACUUCCAGCCAGGACAACUCCGUCAGGUUCUGGGAUUACCGUCAGCCUCGGAAAUACCUCAACAUCCUGCCCUGCCAGGUUCCUGUCUGGAAGGCAAGAUACACGCCUUUCAGCAAUGGGCUGGUGACAGUGAUGGUCCCCCAGCUCCGACGGGAGAACAGUCUCCUUCUCUGGAACGUCUUUGACUUGAACACCCCUGUCCAUACUUUCGUGGGACACGAUGACGUGGUGCUGGAGUUUCAGUGGAGGAAGCAGAAAGAAGGUUCCAAAGACUACCAGCUGGUGACGUGGUCCCGUGACCAGACCCUGCGGAUGUGGCGGAUUGACUCUCAGCUGCAGAGGCUCUGCGCCAACGACAUCCUGGAUGGAGUGGAGGACCUCAUUGAUGGGAUCUCUCAUCUGCCAGAGCCAGACAAGACCCUUCACCCCCAGGACUCCGAGCCCCAGCAUAACUCUGGGCACGGGGAUGAGGAAGCCUUAAAAGAAGAUUUCCUGAACGACCCUGUGGUGGGAAAGAAGACAGACCAACUGGGGCUGCCUCAAACGCUGCAGCAGGAAUUUUCGCUGAUCAACGUGCAGAUCCGAAAUGUCAACGUGGAGAUGGAUGCGGUGAGUCGGAGCUGCACGGUGUCGGUGCACUGCGGCAACCACAGGGUCAGGAUGCUGGUCAUGUUCCCUGUCCAGUAUCCCAACAACGCUGCUCCCUCCUUCCAGUUCAUCAACCCAACUUCCAUCACUGCUUCCAUGAAGGCAAAGCUGCUCAAGAUACUGAAAGACACUUCUCUGCAGAAAGUGAAGCGGAACCAGAGCUGCCUGGAGCCCUGCCUGCGUCAGCUGGUCUCCUGGCUGGAGUCUGUCGUGAACCAAGAGGACAGCACGUCCAGCAACCCCUACGCUUUGUCAAACUCCGUGACGCCCCCCUUGCCCACCUUCGCCCGGGUCUCCAAUGCCUAUGGCUCCUACCAGGACUCCAACAUCCCGUUUCCACGGACCUCUGGAGCCAGGUUCUGUGGCGCAGGGUACCUGGUGUAUUUCACGAGACCCAUGACCAUGCACCGUGCGGUGUCCCCGACAGAGCCCACCCCCAGGUCCCUGUCGGCUUUGUCAGCCUACCACAGCGGCCUCAUCACCCCCAUGAAGAUCCGCACGGAGACUCCAGGCAACCUGCGUCUGUACAGCGGCAGUCCCACGCGCAGCGAGAAGGAGCAGGUCUCCAUUAGCUCCUUCUACUACAAAGAGAGGAUGUCUCCUCGCUCUGCCCGGCGACGUUGGUCCAUACAAGCAAUUAACGACUUCCCGAAAUCCAGGAGGUGGAAAAGCAAACGAGAAGGGACAGAUGCCAACAACCGACCCAUCAAAGCCGCUGGGAAAGUUAUUAUCCAAGACAUUUCCUGCUUGCUGCCUGUCCACAAGCUGCUGGGAGAGCUCUACAUACUUAACGUGAAUAAUAUCCAGGAGACUUGCCAGAAGAAUGCUGCCUCAGCCCUGGCUGUUGGACGGAGGGACCUCGUACAGGUUUGGUCACUGGCCAUGGUAGCCACUGAUCUCUGUCUCGGACCGAAGUCUGACCCAGAUUUGGAGAUACCUUGGGCACAACAUCCAUUUGGACGUCAAUUACUGGAGUCCUUGCUGGCUCAUUACUCACAGCUCCACGAUGUGCAGACCCUGGCCAUGCUCUGCAGCGUGUUUGAAGCCCAAUCCAGGCUACAAGGCUGCCCCAAUUCCUACGGCCCCUUUCCUCAGCGUGCCUCCAACCUGGCCUCCCACAGCCGAUACCCUAGCUUUACUUCCUCUGGCUCCUGUUCCAGCAUGUCAGAUCCUGGACUCGGCACCGGAGGCUGGAGCAUAGCAAACAAAGACACGGAGCAGGCCUCCACUCCCUGGUGUGAGUCUUCUCCGGAUGAUUUCCGCUACGGAAACCUGAUGUAUCCUGACCAUCGGGAGCGUGAGAGGGACCAGCACGAGAAAAACAAAAGGCUCCUGGAUCCUGCCAACACUCAGCAAUUUGAUGACUUCAAGAAGUGCUAUGGAGAAAUCCUUUAUCGCUGGGGCCUGCGAGAGAAACGGGCUGAGGUCCUGAAGUUUGUCUCUUGUCCUCCUGAUCCCCACAAGGGAAUUGAGUUCGGGGUGUACUGCAGCCACUGCCGCAGCGAGGUGCGGGGCACCCAGUGUGCCAUCUGCAAGGGCUUCACCUUCCAGUGUGCCAUCUGCCACGUGGCCGUGCGGGGCUCCUCCAACUUCUGCCUCACCUGCGGCCACGGGGGACACACCAGCCACAUGAUGGAGUGGUUCCGCACCCAGGAGGUGUGUCCCACCGGCUGCGGCUGCCACUGCCUGCUGGAGAGCACCUUCUGAGCACUCCUGGCAGCAGGACACCCCUCUGCCUGCUGGAGAGCACCUUCUGAGCACUCCUGGCAGCAGGACACCCCUGAGCCAGGUUUCAUAUUUAAUUCCCAAGCCAUGGUGAACCAGCUUCUGCUCCGCAGCGUCAGGAGGAGAUGCCCCGGGGAGCUGAAGCUGACGUUUCCGAGUGCUUCCAGUAUUCCUACACUUCCCGGGUUGCUUUCGGAUCCAUUUGACCAAAAUCCCCGUGUCCAUUGCUGGCGAUGGACCCCAGACUGGAAAAAAUUGCUCUCUCCUACGGGAGGAUUUUGGCCAGUCUCCGUCGGGAUGAAGAGGUGGUGGAAAGCUCCUUUGGGAAGGGCUCACCCAGCUCCGGCUCGUUAGUGUCUUUCCAGGUGCCUCCUUUACGGGAGCUCGAAGUGAGCAAAAUAAGUUGGGUUUUUUUGCACAGAUAAGGCAGGAAUAAUUCGGAAGCAACAGCGAGCUCUGAAGGUGAACAGGAGACCACGCCGGAAGAGCGGACAGUCGGUGGGGCUGCGCUCGGAGUGACUUUUCGAAGCGAUAGGGUCCUUAUUUUGAAUGGCCGUUUACACCCUUUCAUUGCCCAAAAAAAGCCCAAGACUGAAACGAUGUUUUUUUGGGAUGAUUUCCUAAAUAGCUCCCUGCUGGGUCCCCGCGGCCGGCGUCGUUGCUUUCUUCCAGCAGUUUCACCCCCGUUACUCCCCGGGGGUCUCCCUCCCCUGCUCUGAGAGGUGACACAAUGCACUUUAACUCGCCUGUCCCCUCCCUGCCUCGUCGGUGACACGUCCUGGUGACUCGGGAAGGCCACCUGCCUUUUGAGUUUGGGACCCACGCCGUGCUUCCCUGGGUCUGAGGGUGCUUGGAGGAGACACGAGGAGGAAGCUGGCUCCCUGCAGCUCCUUCUGGCUGGUUUUUCUCCAGGCUCUGGGGGUGUCGGGGGAAUCGAUGAAUAAUUUGAGAUUUGCUUGAGUGACGUGGGAGGGGGGGCUCCUGAGGCGGGCAGGCAGCAAU